GUUGACAGUGCAAACAAGCACGGGAUAUUGCUGGAGAUGGUCCAAGUUUUGACUGAUGUUGAUUUGGUCAUUUCAAAAUCAUAUAUCUGUUCUGAUGGUGGUUGGUUCAUGGAUGUUUUUCACGUGACAGAUCAGCUUGGAAACAAAAUCACUGACGAUACCAUCUUGCUUUACAUACAACAGGCAAUCUGUGCAAAAGGUAGUGGUCGUGGUGGUGGUGGGUCGUCGCAUGGUUUGUUACCAUGCACAGGACCAAUGAGAAUGCGUCAGGUAUGGACAGGUCAAGCGACUUUAGAAAUCGCAGGCUAUGAUAGACCUGGUCUGCUGUCGGAAAUAUCUGCUGGACUCGCCGAGCUUCAAUGUCAGGUCAGUGCUGCUGUGGCUUGGACACAUAAAGGUAGAGCAGCAUGUAUAAUGUACCUAGAAGACAAACAAACUGUUCCUGGGCUUGCUGAAAUUCGUGCCCAUAUUGCUAGUGUCGUUGAAGCCCAUCAUCAUGAAGGAGAACAAUGGGCGGUUCGGAUAGGUGAUCCGGCUGGUAUUCCGGCAGCUGCUGGUCCAUCCCAAACAGAGAGACGGCUACACCAGUUGAUGUGUGCUAACAGUGAUAAUAAUUUCCAAGAUUGCUGUAGAAUUGGAAACACGAUAUCGACGGACACAACACAAGUAGCUAUUGAUUACUGUAAGGAAAGAGGUUAUUCAAUGGUGAAUGUUAAAUGCAGAGACAGACCGAAAUUACUGUUUGAUACCGUUUGUACACUUACUGACAUGGAAUACGAAGUUUUCCAUGCUUCCAUAAGUUCUCGAAGCUCUAUAGCUAUUCAGGAGUAUUACGUUCGACAGAAAGACGGCUGCACGUUGAAUUCAGAGAGUGAUCGGAUACGAGUCGCUCAAUCUCUCAUUGCAGCCAUUGAACGUCGAGUUUCCCAUGGGCUAAGGCUUGAAAUUACUGCCCGGAAUAGGUUGGGUCUACUCUCGAACGUAAGCAGGGCAUUACGAGAAAACGGGCUAUCAAUAAUGAGAGCAGAGGUGAAGACUAGAGGUGAAAAGGCAAUUGGGUCUUUUUAUGUGACGGAUGUUUCAGGUCAAGAGGUUAGCCAACAUACGGUUCAGAUGUUAACGAAGGAGAUAGAAGGGACUGCAACGAUCAAGGUGAUGAAUCAAUACUCGCAACGAAAACCUUCUUUACAGAAAGAUAUUUCGUCGUCGAAUAUUAUGUUGACGACUGUCAAUAACAAUACACUAGUAAAAGAGAAGGAAGAAGAACAAAAUGGUAGGGCUAGAACUUCAUUAGGAGGGUUGUUAUGGGCACAGCUAGGGAAGAUUUCAAGUAACUUUGGUCCAAUUAAAUCAUAAUAUUGAUUUACAUCACAAAACAGACAAGAAGAAUCA